CCUAAGGGAAAUAGAAAGAAAAAUGUCUGCCAGGUCUAGAGCAUUGAAUGUUUAAGGGAUCAACCCGACAGGAUCGUGAGGGAUUGGACUGCUGAGUGGGGCCUUUCGUCCUAUCCUUUCUUAUAACAGGAAGAUUGAAGCCGGAGGCAGUUGAUCAAAAUGCCAGAGGAGAUGGCGGACGGUGGGAGGAGGCUCGUGACACUCGACGACCUCAACGAUGCCCUGGAUAAGCGCGAGAGGGCGCCGAGCAAUGUCCCAAAGGUUGACACGUUCCAUUUUAAAGGAGAUCGGGUGUCCGAUUGGCUAGACUUGAUUGAGCAGGCGCUGGUGGGGUUGUCAGAUGAAGUUAGAUUCCAGCGUAUCAUGAGGUACGUCCUUCAUAGCCACCAUCAGGAGGAAGGGAGGGUGGUGGACGCCGCAAAUGGCAGCUGGGCAAGGUUUAGAGACCUGAUGCUAAGGAAGUACAGGUUAGGGGAUGGUUUGUUGACCAUGGCGGACCUGGAAGCCAUCAACAAGGACGACUUCUCCACGAUCCGGGCGUUCGUGCACGAGUUUAAGAAAAAGGCGAGGAAAGUGCACGGGAUUUCAGAGGAGGCGCAGUGCGCCACAUUUCUGGGAUUGCUUACAGGCUCGGAGGCCGCAAAAUUGACAAAGCAUGGGGAAGGGAGUGAGAAGCUCACCUGGGCGACUAUAGACAAAGGAGAAGAAGAUGGGAGCCUGGACCAGGUGGAGCAGCACCAGAUGAGGGUGCAGAGGCGCAAGAGGAAGGAAAGGGACGCUACUGCAUCCGGGAUCCCUUGGGUGAGGAGGAUCGUCACGGAUGUGUUGGCGGCGCUGGGGUAUGACAAUGAAGCGGAAAUAAAGAAAAGAGGGGUGUUGUCGGCACAAAUACCCUUACAAGGGUUACGGCAGUAGAAUCAUCCAGUCUGGCUCCUUCGGACAGAGGGGGCUACGGCUGCCUUGCCAGGCUUGCUGUGCUUCCAACAAAUAUGGCAACACAGC